CGUCGUUGAUCGAUCACUAAGAUGGUGUUGAUCGAAUCUAACGAAAGUGAUGAUGAAAUCACCGUUAAAGAAGAGCCAAAUCAAUCUCCUUAUUUCUCGUCGCAGCCUGAAACAACGACAGCGACGGAGUCAAAACUUGUAGCCGGAGAUGAUUCCGAUGGAUUCGAAACUGCUAGCGAACGAGAAGUGAGUGAUAACGAAGAAGAAGAUGAAAUUGAACAGAUACAACAAUCAGAUAAGCCUGAGAAUAAAGAUGACGAAUCAAAACAGAAGAAAGCUAUGGAAGAUGCAAAUGAAGCUAAAUUAGAAGGAAACAAACUAUUUGGGAAUGGUGUUUAUGAAGAGGCAUUGUUAAAGUAUGAGCUUGCUUUACAAUUUGCUCAGGAGGUUCUAGAAUCUGAGGAACUUCGUUCGAUUUGUUAUUCGAAUAGAGCUAUAUGUUAUCUCAAAUUGGGUAUAUAUGCAGAAGCAAUUGAGGAAUGUACAAAAGCGAUAGAGCUGAAUCCGAGCUAUACGAAAGCUUUUGUUCGUCGUGCGGAAGCUCAUGAGAAGCUUGAACAUUUCGAAGAGGCUCUCACGGAUUUGAAGACGAUAUUAGAACUGGAUCCUUCAAACGAUCAGACUAGAAAAGGGAUUCGACGGUUGGAACCCUUGGCGGCUGAAAAGCGAGAAAAAAUGAAAGAAGAGGCGAUUGCAAAGCUAAAGGAGAUGGGAAACUCGAUCUUGGGUCGAUUUGGGAUGAGUGUAGACAACUUCAAGGCUGUUAAAGAUCCCAACACUGGCUCUUACUCCUUUUCUUUCCAAAACUAGUCGACACUUUCUAAUGCACAACUUAUUCCUAGUGGGUUUCAAUGUUUUGCAUCAACCAAUUUUAUGUUCAUCGGGGGUAUAUCUAUUCGUUUUGUUGUCGAUGAAUCGGUAUUGGAAAGUGAGAGCUGCGUUGGUUGCUUUGUGACCUGAUAUAUCUGUAAAUUCAAGUAUUAUAAUGGAGAAAUUUCUAUUUUGAUGUUCUUUGCUCUGUUCCAAAAUUCUGCAGCGUAGGUCAAUGCUUUAAAAAACACCGAAAGUAUUG